AUGGCCAGAGCUGGUGGGAACCUUGGGGUUUGGGGGAGCUUGGUGCUGUUGGGUUUGUAUGGUUGUUCUGUGGUCAAGGCGGCUGACACCAGUGUCACUGUGGAUGGGCUUGCUCCUGCUUCUGCAUAUGAAUGUUCUGUGUGGGCAGAGAAAGAUGGAGUCAACGGCAGCACUGAGAGCGUCAUAGCCACCACAGCUCCAAACCCAGUGAGAGACCUGAGGGCAGAGACUCAGACCAACACCUCCAUCACCCUGAGGUGGGAUGUUCCUGAUGGCCAUGACCCUCAGGACUUGACCUACUGGGUCCAGUGUCCUGGAGAUGGUGGCAGCAAUAAUACUCCAAACACAACAGACACCAGAUUCACUGUGGACGGGCUUGCUCCUGCUUCUGCAUAUGAAUUUUCUGUGUGGGCAGAGAAAAAUGGAGUCAGCGGCUUCCCGGUGAGCAUCAUAGCCACCACAGCUCCAAACCCAGUGAGAGACCUGAGGGCAGAGACUCAGACCAACACCUCCAUCACCCUGAGGUGGGAUGUUCCUGAUGGCCAUGACCCUCAGGACUUGACCUACUGGGUCCAGUGUCCUGGAGAUGGAGGCAGCAAUAAAACUCUAAACACAACAGACACCAGAUUCACUGUGGACGGGUUUGCUCCUGCUUUUUCAUAUGAAUUUUCUGUGUGGGCAGAGAAAGAUGGAGUCAGAAGCUUGCCGGUGAGCAUCAUAGCCCACACAGCUCCAAACCCAGUGAGAGACCUGAGGGCAGAGACUCAGACCAACACCUCCAUCACCCUGAGGUGGGAUGUCCCUGAUGGCCAUGACCCUCAGAACUUGACCUACUGGGUCCAGUGGCCUGGAGAUGGAGGCAACAAUAGUACUCUAAAUACAACAGACACCAGUGUCACUGUGGACGGGCUUGCUCCUGCUUCUUCCUAUGAAUUUUCUGUGUGGGCAGAGAAAAAUGGAGUCAGAGGCUUGCCAGUGAGCAUCAUAGCCACCACAGCUCCAAACCAAGUGAGAGACCUGAGGGCAGAGACUCAGACCAACACCUCCAUCACCCUGAGGUGGGAUGUUCCUGAUGGCCAUGACCCUCAGGACUUGACCUACUGGGUCCAGUGGCCUGGAGAUGGAGGCAGCAAUAAAACUCUAAACACAACAGACACCAGAUUCACUGUGGACGGGCUUGCUCCUGCUUCUGCAUAUGAAUUUUCUGUGUGGGCAAAGAAAAAUGGAGUCAGCGGCUUCCCAGUGAGCAUCAUAGCCACCACAGUCCCUAACCCAGUAAGAAACCUGUCUCUAGUGAACCAGACUAAUAGCUCCAUCAUCCUGAGCUGGGAACCCCCCAAGGGUCCAGACCUUCAGGGUUACAGCUACAGAGUGCAGUGCACUGGAGAUGGUGAGAAAAAUGAGACCAGAGAUGUUGAAGAGACCAGCAUUACAAUUGGGAAACUUGAGGCUGGGACCUUGUACAACUUCUCUGUGUGGGCCAUAAAGAACGAAGUCUUAAGCUCUCCAGAGAGCCUAAACAGCUCCACAGCACCAGCUGCUGUCAGCAUCACCUCCUGUGUCAGCACUUCUGGGGGUUAUGAGGUCAUCCUGACCUGGUCCUGCCCAUCUGGGGGUUAUGAGACUUUUGAGGUUGAAGUGGGCAAGAAAUGGAGCCCCAGAAAUGAAUCUUUGUGUGGGAAGGGCAUGACCGUGUCAGGUCUUGAUCCAGCUCAGUCCUACACAGCCACCGUCACAACUAUCUCUAAUAAUCUGAAGGCCCAGACUGUGUCUACAACCUGCCACACAGAGAGUACACCCAUCAUUGUCGGAGUCAUUGUGGGCAUCCUCCUGCUUUUCAUCCUGGUGGGCCUGCUGAUUGUCAUCCUGAGGAAGAGGAGAAAGAAGAGGCAGCCAAAGGAAGUGCCCAAGGGUCUGGUGUUCAGCUUCCCAGGGGAUAUCCUGGCCAAAGACUUUGCUGACCAUGUCCGGAAGAAUGAGAAGGACAGCAACUGUGGGUUUGCUGAGGAGUAUCAGCAAUUGGCUCUGGAGGGCCAAGGCCAGUCUCAAAUGACUGCAUCGGCUGUAGAGAAUGUUUCCAAGAACCGCUACAGGAAUGUACUGCCCUACGACUGGUCCCGGGUUCCUCUUCAGCCCCUCCCUGAGGAACCAGGCUCCGACUAUAUCAACGCCAGCUUUAUGCCUGGUCUCUGGAGCCCCAAGGAGUUCAUUGCAACCCAGGGUCCCCUGCCUCACACUGUGAGUGAUUUCUGGCGAAUGGUGUGGGAACAACAGAGCCACACCCUGGUGAUGCUGACCAACUGCAUAGAGUCUGGACGGGUGAAGUGUGAGCAUUACUGGCCCCUGGAUGCUCAUCCCUGCACUCAUGGGCAGCUGCAAGUGACACUGAUUAGUGAGGAGGUGACAGAAAACUGGACAGUGAGGCAUCUUCAGCUCUUCCAUAUGAAAGAACAGCAGAUUCUGUCUGUGCGCCAAUUCCACUACCUGGCCUGGCCAGAUCACGGAGUUCCUUACUCCCCAGACCCUUUGCUGGCUUUCCAAAAGGUGCUUCGGCAAUGGUUAGAUCAGACCAUGGAUGGAGGUCCACCCAUUGUGCAUUGCAGUGCUGGCGUGGGCCGGACAGGCACCCUCAUUGCACUGGAUGUUCUACUGCGGCAGCUGGAGUGUGAGGGGCUCGUGGGUCCCUUCAGCUUUGUGAAGAAGAUGAGAGAGAGCCGGCCACUGAUGGUGCAGACGGAGGCCCAGUAUGUGUUUCUCCAUCAGUGCAUCUUGAGAUCCCUCCAGAUGCCAGCUCGAGCCCUCGCCCCAAAGGAGGCAAUAUAUGAGAACGUGGCAAGCUUACUGUAUGAGAAUGCAUCUGCCAUCAGGGCCCAUGAGUCUGAGGUCUCAGCUUCUGGGUGCUGA